AUGGACUUGUUCAAAGUCUUGAGCUGCGUCACCAGUUCCGUCUUGAACAUGGUGUUGAUAAAUAAAUCUGGCUGUGUGGCCGAGUUCAGGUUCAACGCAACCCAAUCGUCCUGGUACUGCGAAAGCGCAACCUUGCCAAUCGAAGAGACACCAACCUUGGACUCCACGAGAUACGACACCUUUCUGUUCACCAGUUCCUCCGCAAUCACAUAA